AUGUUGCACAGCACUGAAGUGUUGCUAAAUGAUAAGGCGAAGCGAGACUGGACACAAAAAAGACUGACUGCUUCCCCACCUGAAACAAACCUGGACAAAACCCUGACCAAACCCUUAGACCAGAAAAGAAGUGGAUUUGGGACCCUAAAAGUGACUCCACUAACAAAUGACUUGACAGAGAACCACAUUUCUGUAAUCCCUGAUGAACAACUCAGUCCUUCUGUAUUUCUGAGAAGAAUGAGCCAUGUACCAUCCAGAGCACAGGACAGACUCUUCAUGGACAUCAAGUUCAAGAAAAAGUUGAAAAAAAUUGAAAAAAUGCUGGAGGCCAGAGAGCACAGGGAUGGUGGGAACCAUCAUCAUCACUACUACUAUGGACAAGUUCCAAAGGGACACCAUGGUCAUCAUCAUGGCUACCAUGGGAAAGUGCCAGCCAACAAGGCCCAAACCCUUGGCUAUGUCCAAUACCGGUACAGGAAAGGGAUUUCAAAUUUCCUGUCAAAGGCAGCACAAAGUUUUGAAAAGUUCAAGGACAGGACUACCCCUAAGCCAACACAUGUGAAGGCAACCACCACUGCUGCAACCACCACCACACCUAGGCCAACUACCACUACAACUACUACCACAACCACAAAGAAGGCCAAAAGGUACCGGAGAGUCCCUCAGUAUUUCCCAGGGAUUCCAUUCCAUGGUGGGUAUCCAUCAUCAUCUUCUUCUUCUUCCUCUGGAUACCACAAGAAGGCUACUACUACCACAACAACAACAACAACCACAACCCCAAGACCUACUACUACUACUACUACCACAACCACCACAACAAAGAAGAAGGGAAAGCGUGUUUUUGCUUACUAUCCUGCUCCAGUUUAUUACAGGCCAAAGAAGACUACUACCACUACCACCACCCCAAGGCCAACAACCACUACCCCAAGGCCAACAACCACUACCACCACCACAACAACCACCAAGGCUAAGAAGAAGAAGAGGUUUAGGCCUUAUGCAUUUCCUCUAGCCUAUCAUCCACAUGCUUAUCCUGGCAGCUCUUCUUCCUCUUCAAGCUCUGGGGGUUAUGCAAAGAAAGCUACAACUACCACCACCACUACUACUACUACCACUCCAAGACCCACCACCACUGCCACAACUACCACAACUACAACUAAUAAAAAGAAGAAAAGACGGUAUUUACCUUUGGGAUAUGGAUAUGGGUUGCCAUCCUCAUCAACUUCCAGUGGAAAUGGAGCAUCCAGCAGCAGUGGUGGAUAUGGUUACCAACAACCCUUGAUCUUAAUUAAACAUAUUAAACCAAAAACCACAACCACUACCACAACUACAACCACCACUACCCCUAGGCCAACCACCACUACCACCACAACAACUACUACAAAAAAGAAGAAAGUGAGGUUUGGAUAUGGCCAUGUGCCUGUUGUACAUGUGUACAAACACUCCCCAAGCUCAUCUGGAGCUGGAUCUAGUUCAUCUGGGUCUGGAUAUGGAAGUGGAGGUCUCUUGCCAUCUUAUGCCCAGCUUGGACCUCAGCUGAUUGGAGGAUAUGGGGCAAACAGGAGGAGCAGUACAACUUCUACAUCCCCAGAUACAAGUUCCCCAGUUGUACCAAUUCCAUCUCCACCACUGAGCAGACCACUUAUGAUAAGCUCUGGAAAUGAAAGUUAUGUAAGCUUUCCACCCUUUGAUGCUGGAAAUCAGGGAAUGGAUAAUCGGCUUCAGACAGUGGUUCCAAUCCUGAAAGCUGUUCCCUCUUCUGCCUUGGGAAUGGUAUUGGACAAAAUGUUGCAAUUGGUAAAUUGCUCAUCUCAACAACAGGGUUCCCAGAUUGAACCACCUCAAACAACAAUAGUAUCAACAACAAAAGCUACACCAGCAAGCAGUUCACCUUCUACAACAAUAUCACCAACAACAAAUUCUGGAGGAUCCAGCACAACUUCAACAACACCAGGGACAACUACAGCAGGAAAUUCAACCAAAAUACAGAUGACCAAAGAAUCUUCCAGCAACAGCUCAACCAUGCAAAGUUCAUUGGACCAAGAUAUGAAAACCAUGUUGAAUUCCUUUGACAUGCAGCAGUCUGAUGGAGAUGUCAAAGGCCUUUCUAGUGUAGAAAUAAGUGGCACAUACCAUCAGCCAACAACUUUCCAUCCUGACAGCAGUCUUUUAAAACUCUGGGGCACCAACUUGAAUCUGCCCUCUGAAAAGAUGUCUGUGAAAAUUGCCAGAACCUAUAAUCUCUCAGCCAUACCAUCAGUGGUCAAGUUCCCUCAAUUGUUCCAGCAACCUUUACCCACCCCUGACAACCAGCUUUCCAUUAUCCCUGGAUCAACAAGAACCGUUGAGAAAGAUGGAGAUGUUUAUUAUGUGGACUUGGCAGGAUCAAAGUCUGCACAGGCUGCUUUUCAGCAGGGCAAUUUGCAGCAAUAUCCUGACUAUGUCUACACUGACCAGGAUGAUGGUUUGGAAACUGAGGCUUUGAAGUCAGUUUUAGUUACCUCACCUUUGCCAGAGUUGGGUUCAGAAAAUGACACAGAAAUUCCUCAAAGAGCCAAACGUCAUCAUGAUGAAAAUUCAAAAAAGGUUUAUGGAGAGGAUUUGAUCACUGGUGGGUCCAUCAUAAGUGAGCUGCUGAAGCCACAGUUGAUCAUUGGGUCAAGUUACCUCAAGAACAGUAAUCCGAGAUUAUUGUUCAAUCAUGAAGGAUUGCCCAGCAACAAAGUUGUCAGUGUGAACAAUGGAUUUGCUGUGGGAGACAAUAAUGUUGAAGGAAGCCAGCAUAAAUCAAGUUACCGGUCUGAAUACAAGCCCAUUGGAAACUCAUUCCUGGUGCAGAAAUCCUCGCCAACUCCAAAUCACUCUCCCAACUACCGAAUAGUGCCCAUUGUUCCUGUGGCCAUCAAAACUCAUGGACUGGACCAUAACCGGCCGCUUCAUUCAUCAACCCCAGCCUCAUUACCCAGCAGCACACUUUUCCGGGAAAAUUAUUAUCCCAUCAGGUCUACCACAGGGGAUCAUCUCUGGAUGUUUGUUCCAAAUCGAGAGGAAAUGGAAAGAAAACUCGCCAACAUGCAAGGAUCCAUCUUUAAUGAGGAAUCUCUUUUGAAGAGCAUAAUCGCGAGUGCGACAUCUGACCUCGUCACGAACUCUCUUUAUCGCCGUCAUGAACACGAAUCCACAAUGAAAACCUUGGAUCGAAGCACAAUUUUCCUGCAAAAUCUCACUGUCGAAAGAGCGGACUGGAACUUUGAAUACGUGAUGGCUGCGAAUGGGAAAGCGAUUGUGGAGACGGCUGACAUCCAUGGUCACGGCACUGUCCAAUACGUGGAUGGACUGAUGCAGAACAACAACAUCACCAUUGCUGAAUUCUUGAAAUAUGAGCUGGGAUAUGGGGAUUACAUGGAAAACUUUUCUCAGAGCCUGAAGGAAACAGGCCUGCUGCCAAGUCUGGAGGAUGAAGCUGGGGAUCAUCUCUGGAUGUUUGUUCCAAAUCGAGAGGAAAUGGAAAGAAAACUCGCCAACAUGCAAGGAUCCAUCUUUAAUGAGGAAUCUCUAUUGAAGAGCAUAAUCGCGAGUGCGACAUCUGAUCUCGUCACGAACUCUCUUUAUCGCCGUCAUGAACACGAAUCCACGAUGAAAACCUUGGAUCGAAGCACAAUUUUCCUGCAAAAUCUCACUGUCGAAAGAGCGGACUGGAACUUUGAAUACGUGAUGGCUGCGAAUGGGAAAGCGAUUGUGGAGACGGCUGACAUCCAUGGUCACGGCACUGUCCAAUACGUGGAUGGACUGAUGCAGAACAACAACAUCACCAUUGCUGAAUUCUUGAAAUAUGAGCUGGGAUAUGGGGAUUACAUGGAAAACUUUUCUCAGAGCCUGAAGGAAACAGGCCUGCUGCCAAGUCUGGAGGAUGAAGCUGAAAUCAUGACUCUGCUGGUGCCAUCUGCUGAGGCCUGGAAAAAUGCUGAGCUCUCCAUCAAAAGGUUGAAGGAGAAAGGAGAUUAUGCGACUUUGAAAAAAAUCAUGGGAAGGCAUAUUUUGAGAGGAGCAAAGUUCACCAUUGGCAUGCAGAGAAAUUGCAUUAAUAGAAACAACAACAUCACCAUUGCUGAAUUCUUGAAAUAUGAGCUGGGAUAUGGGGAUUACAUGGAAAACUUUUCUCAGAGCCUGAAGGAAACAGGCCUGCUGCCAAGUCUGGAGGAUGAAGCUGAAAUCAUGACUCUGCUGGUGCCAUCUGCUGAGGCCUGGAAAAAUGCUGAGCUCUCCAUCAAAAGGUUGAAGGAGAAAGGAGAUUAUGCGACUUUGAAAAAAAUCAUGGGAAGGCAUAUUUUGAGAGGAGCAAAGUUCACCAUUGGCAUGCAGAGGUUUGAAAAACUUAUGAAUUAUGCUGGAGAUGCCCUGAGGAUAUUCUCCAGUGUCAAACCACCAAGGAUAAUUAAAAUAAACCAAGCAAGGAUGCUCCAAGGAUAUGAUGAAAGAGACCUGGGCUGCAGUAAUGGUGUGGUCCACUUUAUUGACUCUGUGCUCAUAAAUUCAGAGGAUUUGGACGAAUAUAUUUCUGCAAAGCUACCAAUUGAGCACAGAGUGGAAUAUUCUUCUCAUGUGACACCAAUCAAUCAUCAUGGAUACCCCAGCAGCACACCAUCACCCAUGCCGCCGUGGGAUGAAUCUGACAUGGGUCCUCCGAGAUGUCGCCGUGGGUCUAAUCUGACGUGGGUCCACGUAGAUGUCGCAGUGGGAUUAAUCGGACAUGGGUCCUUCCUCAGCAGAAGGGACGGAACUUCCGUCCUCAAGUUGAAAGUAUUUGCCAGAAAAGUUUGCCUGCGAUAA